UUAUAUAAAGAGUUAAAUAAUGCAUAUAUUGUUACAAAUAGUGACAAUUAUUUGGUUGAUUGACUUGAAAUUAGUCAAAACACUGGACAAUGGUUUAGUACGGACGCCACCGAUGGGGUGGAUGUCGUGGGAACGGUUCGCUUGUAAUAUAGAUUGUGAUAACUACCCGAAUGAAUGCAUUAGUGAACAGUUGUAUAAAGAUAUUGCCGAUAGACUGGUGGCUGAUGGCUAUAAAGAGGUUGGCUAUAACUAUGUAAAUAUAGACGAUUGUUGGACUGAAAUGACUAGAGAUCCAGUGACCAAACGGUUAGUUGCAAACCACAAACGCUUUCCAAAUGGCAUCAAAGCACUGGCAGAUUACGUACACUCCAAAGGUUUAUUACUCGGAAUUUAUGGAGACGUCGGUACAAAAACAUGCGGCGGAUAUCCCGGUGCGAGAGGAGAGGAUGGCACUGAUUACGAUACCAUUGAUGCACAGACCUAUGCUGAAUGGGGGGUCGACUCACUAAAACUGGACGGUUGUUAUGCGGACACAAAAAACAUGACAAACAUGUAUCCAGAAAUGAGUCGCGCUUUGAACUCAUCCGGUCGUGCCAUAGUAUAUGCCUGCAGUUGGCCCGCCUAUCAAAUCGGACAAAAUCCUGACUAUCGAAGGAUAGCUCAAUAUUGCAAUUAUUGGCGAAAUUUUGACGAUAUUAUGGAUUCGUGGACUAGUGUUACAUCUAUUAUCGAUUUCUAUGCCAAAUAUCAAGACGUUUUAGUUAAAUAUCAUGGUCCAGGAGCUUGGAAUGAUCCAGACAUGUUAAUCAUUGGAAAUUUUGGACUUAGUUUAGAGCAAAGUAGAGCUCAGAUGGCUUUGUGGGCCAUUUGGUCGGCGCCUCUGUUAAUGUCUAACGACUUGAGAUCAAUUGGUGGACAAUAUAAAGAAAUUUUGCAAAAUAGGGAUAUAAUAGCUGUAAAUCAGGACAAACUUGGAAUUCUAGGCACAAGAGUCCACUCGAAAAGCGGAAUUGAAGUGUGGGUUAAGCCGAUGACACCAAUUGUUAAAGGAGUGAACACGUAUGCUAUCGUCUAUUUAAAUAGGGUUGUGUUGGGAACACCUCUUAUUAUAUCGUUUAAAUUGUCAUCACUUAUUGCUGGACUACCAUCUGAACCAUUAUAUAAUGUAUACGAUUUGUACGACAACUCCAAAUUAAUAGGAAAGUUAUCCAAUGACCAGAACCUGACUCUUAAGGUCAACACAUCGGGAAGCGUACGAAUGGUUAAGUUGACACCGGUUUUCAAAUCAGAUGAGAUUGAAAAUGAUUUAAAUUAAACCAAAAUUAACAUAAUUAUUGUAUUUUAUAAAUAAUUAUACUGUAAUACUGUAUGAAUAUUACAUUAUUGUUACUUAUGUAUUAUUAAUUUAAAUAUUGAAAUAAA